AUGGCGGAAGAAAAAGAAGUCGAAUCCCAAGCCCCGACCCGCUACCUGAUCCGCCAACCAUUGGCUCUGCAAUGGUUUGACAAUGGGAAGCUCGUUAAACGAUGCGAGCAGGAGCGACAAGCCGGCCGCUUCGAACUUUUCCUAGAUCUGUUGUAUGUCGCCAUCCUCGCCAACUUCGCCGAAAGCCUCGCCGGGGACGUCUCGGGCGUCAAGCUCGUCAAAUACAUCUUAAUCCUAGCUCCCUCGUGGCACGUCUGGUCCGACCUCCGCGAACUCAUGAACAGUUUCUAUAACGACGACCUCCUCCAACGCAUCCUCAUCCUCUGGAUCAUGGCCGUGCUAAUCGUGUAUGGCAACAAUGCGCCCUUGGUCGACGAAGAGAUAUCCGCCAUGCGCUCCACCGUCGGCGCAUACAUGGUUGCACGCAUGACGGCCAAUCUGGCACACUUAUUCUACUCAUUCAGCAGCUACCACCACCGCGCACAACAACGCCUGUGGUUCGUAAUGUCGUCCGUCGCAUUGUGCUUAUACAUCCCGCUCUACUUCGAGAGUGUUUCACUCCGCAACAAAAUCGCCGUUGCAGCUGUGGCUGAGGUCCUGGAAGAAGGGACAUGGAUGUUCUGUUACUCCCCUCUCGCGAAACAGAUGCUUCGCGCGCGGUACACCACAGCCGUUGACGUUGCGCACGAAAUCGACCGUUUCGCUGCAUUCUAUAUUAUUGCGUUGGGAGAGUUUCUAUAUAUCAUCAUUGUCGGCUCGCCCGCCGCAGUCGGGUUUAAUCUAUCGCUUUUGAGAGCGGUGUGGACACUUGUUAUUGCCUUCUGUUUGAAUUGGAUGUAUGUCCAUAACGACUGUGCGAUUGAUUAUACGCACCCGAUCAGACACAGCGUUGGCAGGGCGUUUACGUGGAUUUCUCUUCACCUACCGCUCAUGGCGAGUUUGUUGGCUGGCGGCCAUGUUGCGGCCGCAAGUGCCAAAUCCUCCUAUGACAGCAACACCAGCAGCACCACCACCACUAGCGAGAAAAGGGCGACCACCAGCAGCGAAGACGGAAGUCCAUCCUUCGACGACGGCCAACGCUGGCUUCUCUGCGCCAGUCUCGGCGUAGGCCUAUUCAUGCUCUACGCCAUGGCGCUGCUCUACUCCUCCAACGACGGCGACUGCAAGCUUCUACUUCCGAAACAUUUCCGAAUCAUAAUGCGGCCUGUAGUAGGGCUGAUAUUGGUGUUACUACCGCUUGCGAAAUCGUUGAAUUUGACAGAGACACUCUCCGUGAUUAUGGCGUUGGUCGUGUUUUGUCUCAUUUGGGAGAAUGUGUCGAGUUUGCAGCGCGGCGCGAAGAUUUGGGAGGUCUGGAGAGAUACGGGGUAUCCUGAGGGGGGCAACAGGGCCCAUAAACAUGCGACUAAUAAUGACAGAGAGGUGAAUGCUGAGUUUACAAGAGGAGACUCGGUUGUGGGGAGCAAUGAAGCGGAAAAUAACGGCGUGAAGGGAUAG